AUGUUUUCCAAGAAAACAGUUACUCUUUCCACUCGUGACCCUCCAUGGAUGUCUCCACUCUUAAAGUAUUUAAUAAGAAAAAGAUCAAAGGCGAAGUCAAGGAGAAAGCUAUCUAUUGCGGCAGAAUUAACAGAACGAAUAUCUGGAAUAAUUUCACAUAAUCGAACAAAAAUGGCAAAGUCCGAGUGUACUGGCACAAGUCAAUGGUGGAAAAACGUUAACUUUUUGUCACAUAGAAGAAAUCGAGCACAUAUUAUACUUGACAACGAGUUCAAAGAAAACUUGAACGAUUACUUUGGAGAGUUAUGUUGGGAUAGAGAUUAUGAACAGCCAACGUUGAUGGAGAUAGAUUCAAUCACAAUAAAACCUCCUCAGUUUAGCAUAACCCAGGUUAAGAACGCUUUGUUGAAAAUAAGGAAAACCGCAACAGGCCCUGAUGAAAUUCCAUUUGGGGUAUGGAAAGAAAACGCUGAUGUAUUUGCACCUGUUAUGACCAAGAUUUGGAAUGAAUCUCUCUCUACAUCCACAUGGCCUACCUCUUGGAAAAUUUCUCGUAUAGAUCCUUUACCAAAAGUCGAGAAUCCAAAGGAAUAUUGUGAAUUUAGAGGUAUAAACGUCACACCUGUGAUUGGACGAUGCUUCGAAAGAACGGUUUAUCAUUAUCAUAGUAAAAGAUCUUUCGAGGCUGAGUUAUCAUCUUCCCAGUUUGCUUAUCGAAUCGGUGGGUGUAGCACAGACGCCUUAAUUAAAUUACAGUAUAUGUACCUGGAAGAACUAGAAGAACCAAAUUGUGAUGCAGUGAGAUUAAUUGCAAUGGACUUUUCCAAAGCAUUUGAUAAUGUAAAACACGCAAAACUGAAUGAAAAAUUGAAAUCGAGUUCUAUGAACCCUUAUUUAGUAAAUUGGUACUUAAAUUUCUUAAAAGAUUGA